AUGAGGGGGAGUUAUUAUUUGGUUUUGGCUUUUGUUUGCGUGUACUCGGUACUCUUUGGUGUUAAUUGGAAUCGUACAUUAACUCUACUCCAUAACGAUAGUCUUAUUGUUUCGUCAACGAAUGGUACAGUUUCAACAUUUUCGGUGAAGCAUGCGUGGGCUACGCAGUCUGUACAAGUGAACUAUAAUGAUAUCCGCUCAAUCGGAAAUCCUACACAAGUGAAGAAGGCGAAAAAAACGUAUGGAGUUCAAAUCGAUCUAAUCAAGACGCACUCAUUUCUCGUUGAUUCGACGAAGGGAAAUGUGGAGUCCAAGAGAUCUCGUUUUGAGAACCCCAUCGUGAAGGAACUGACAACGAGAGGUCUCCGCUGGAUGAGGGUCCCCAACAACUAUACGUUGCAUAACCCACCUCCGUAUGGCAAGCAUUACCGUUUAGUUUUUGCCCUUACAGCCGAAUAUCCGGAAUCGACUACAGUUGUGAAUCGCAAAGAGAUCAACACCCUGAUUUCCCUUGCGCUUCUGAUGAACAGCUACGAUUUGUACCCGGUCAUUUUCACAAUCUCAAAGCCUUUGAUCCAGCUGGCGCAAUAUCUCGGUCUUGGCUACUAUUAUGGCUACGUGUUUUGA